CCCAAUUCCUUUCCGUCAAAAUUCCGUCGAAAUUUCUUCUCAAUUCCGUCAAAAUUUGUUGAAAAAACCCUAUCAAAAUCGAAACAAUGAAUUUCCUAAGACAAAAUUCUGUGAACAAGCUGCGAAUCCUCGCCCAAAUCGGCAGCCGUGCGAUCACAACCGCUCCGCCGCCGCUUGUUUCUGCACAUCAGCCCGCUCACCCGGUUGCCAUCGCUAUCCGACUCACCGACCAGCCGGCCGACCCUAUCACUAGGUAUGAUAUCUCGCCGCCGGUAAAUUGGGGAUAUCUGACUGUGUCAGAUAUGAACACUUGCAUUAUCGAGCGAUUUGGCAAGUACGCAAAGACAUUAACUAAAGGAGCCCAUUAUCUGAUUCCGUUUGUUGAUAGAAUUGCUUACGUGCAUUCUCUGAAAGAACAAGCACUUUGUUUUCCUUAUCAACAUGCUAUUACCAAGGACAAUGUCUUAAUUGUAUUUGAUGGAAUCAUGUAUGUCAAGAUCGUUGACCCUCUGUUAGCUUCUUAUGGAGUUCUGAAUCCAUUGAAUUCUGCAAUUCAACUUGCGAUUGUAGUUGUGCAAACUGAGAUUGGUAAGAUCGUUGGCAAGAAUAUAUAUGUGGAAUAUAGCACACUCCACGAGAAGACAAUGAUUUCAAUCAAUAAAGUUAUUAAAGAUUGGGGCUUAGAGUGCAUUCGUUGUGAAAUAAUGUCGAUGGAGAAGGUGACAAUGGAGACAGAGGCUGGUAAAGUCUUAUCUGAUGGUUGCUGGUUUAAAAACUGUCGAGGACCGUGUUGACUUUUUCAA